GGACAAAUUGGUCAGGGAAAGAAGUCGGCCUGUCAAAUCGCUGUUCUACUUUUAUUGUUUUCUCCCCUUCAGUAUUUAACGUUAAAUCACAUCACCUUCGAUUUCACAGAGCAGAGCAUCCCCUCCUCCUCCUCCUUUCCCUCUCUCCCACUUCUCUCCCUGCUACACUGCCAUAUGUUUCAUGUCCCGAUUCUGACUUUUAUUCCCUCCCGCGCCUACUUUAUCUUCUCCUUUUCGCUUUGUUUGUCCUGGCAUUGUUUGUUUUGGUUUCUGUGUUCUUUGGUUGAUCCUUUAAAUUUUUCUGAAGUCUGAAGAAGCUAAAACAAUGCCCAUGUGCUUUUAUUUUGUUUGCUUUUGAGAACUGGAAGAAGAGAAGGAAAAGAGACUGAGUGUUUUGAGCCUCUUUCAUUACAAAACACUGAAGAGAUGACCAAAGAAGAUGACUUUAAGCUCCUCAAGAUCCAGACUUGUGUUCUCAAAGUGAACAUACACUGUGAUGGGUGUAAGCAGAAAGUAAAGAAACACCUUCAGAGGAUUGAAGGAGUUUACCAAGUAAACAUAGAUGCCGAGCAACAAAAAGUCACAGUUUCAGGUACUGUAGAUACCGCAACUUUGAUCAAGAAACUAGUCAGAGCCGGGAAACAUGCUGAGGUUUGGUCCCAGAAGUCCAGUCAAAAACAAAUUAACAACUGCAUCAUAGAUGACAAGAGCAAUAAAAGUCAAAAGCAAGGCUUGGUCAAGGGCCUCGAGGCCUUAAAGAACCAGCAGAAAUUCCCUGCAUUCAGCUCUGAAGAAGAUGAUGACUAUCUUGAUGAUGAAGAAGAUGAUGGGGAUGACCUCGGAUUUCUUGGACCAAGCCAACUGGGUCUUUUCAGGCAGCAUAUCAUGGAUGCAAACAAAGCAAAGAAAGGUAUCGGUGCCAUUCCUCCAGCUUCUAACAAUGGUAAUGAAAUGAAAAAUCUUGUAAAUGGGAAUGCUGGAAAGAAAGGAAACCCAAAUCAGAAUAUGGGAAUGAAGGUCAAUCCAGGGGGGAUAGAUCAGAAAACCAUGGCAGCAUUGCAAAUGAAAAAUGCCCAAUUAGGUGGUGGAAACAUCAGUGCUGGGGAGGGCAAAAGGGGAAAUGACACUAGUACCAUGAUGAACCUUGCUGGUUUUCGUGGAAAUGAUGCUAAUGUCAGCAAUGCUACAGCUGCUAUUGCUGCAUUAGGAGGUAAUCCCAACGGUCUAGGGUUGCAAGUUCAAUCCAAUAAUAACGGGCAUCAAGGACCUUCUGCAGCAGCGGGAUUCCCGACUGGUGGAUAUAGCACAGGUCAGUACCCAUCAUCCAUGCUGAUGAACAUGACUGGGCAAAACCAUCCAGCAUCAAUGAUGAUGAACAUGCAAAACAGGAAUGGCAUGCAACAACCCCAGAUGAACAUGACUGGGCAAAACCAUCCAGCAUCAAUGAUGAUGAACAUGCAAAACAGGAAUGGCAUGCAACAACCCCAGAUGAACAUGACUGGGCAAAACCAUCCAGCAUCAAUGAUGAUGAACAUGCAAAACAGGAAUGGCUUGCAACAACCCCAGAUGAUGUAUCACAGGUCUCCUUAUAAUCCACCGACCACUGGUUAUUGCUACAACCCUCACCCUGACCCUCACCCCUUCCCCUACGCUGACCCUCACCUAGCUCACCCCUACGCUGACCCUCACCUAGCUCACCCCUACGCUGACCCUCACCUAGCUCACCCCUACGCUGACCCUCAUCUAGCUCACCCCUACGCUGAACAACCUAAUUAUAAUGGUGAUUGCUCUGCUGCAGCAUCAACAGAAAUGUUCAGUGAUGAGAGCACUAGCAGCUGUUCCAUAAUGUAAUGAAAGCAUGUAGAAAGAGUAAAAAAAGAAUGGUGUGCUGACUUGAAUAAAUGUAAUGUUUAGGGGAGUUGGUUCCUCUUGUCAGUAUUAUCCGGUGGUGUGGUCUAGAGGAACAGGUCGGAUUGAGAAUUGGAUGCAGGAUGUCUCUGUAGUUAGUUCUGAAUCUUCUUUUUUUAGCAGUGUAUCGUGUAGUCGUUAAGAUGUUUGCUUCUAAAUUAGUCGAGCUCUCUCUUGUUCUUUUAUUUGUUUGAAAGAAAGAGAGUCUUGGUUUGUGGAUUGUGUAAGCCACGCUACCAGCAAGUAAAUAAACAGAAGGGAGUGAAUUAUUGAGUAAUAUAUAAAUGUUGGUGUAUA